UUCAGAUUUAACAAAUACAUGAAAUUUCUCCCGUUUUCCUUGUCUCAGUCACCAAGGUCACCAAUGUCAUAAUUAUAUGAAUUUGGCUUGGUGGAUUAUUGAAGAGGUUGGUCGUCGUGAUCGUCGUGAUGGUGGUAUUGGCGUCGUUUGUUUUGUGUGUUUUCUGUCUAGCAAAGUAAUGAAAUUCACCAGCAGUUUUGUUUACGUAACAUACUGAUGACCAUAUGUAUGUUACUUCAUGGGACUGUAAAAUUUGCGAUAGAAGGUUGUGAUAUUGUGUUAAGCUUUCAAGGAUGGGGAAAAAGAAGAAGGGGCGCAAUGUGAAGAACAAUGUCCAGGCAAACACGGAAGAACCAGAGGAACUAAAACGAGCUCCUCAUUCGUUUGUUAUCCACCGUGGUAAUGUUGGCAGUUUUGUUAUUGAGCUUACAAGAGAUUUUAGAAAAGUAAUGGAACCUUUCACAGCCUCAUCCCUGAAGUCUCGGAAGAACAACGCAAUCAAGGACUUUGUCUCAGUCGCUGGGUUGCUUCACGUGUCACAUCUGUGCAUCUUCACCAGCACUGACCUGGGGAUGUACUUGAAGAUUGCACGCCUGCCACAGGGCCCAACUCUCACUUUCUGGAUACACAAUUACUCCCUUUCACGAGAUGUGAUUUCCUCUAUGAAGAAGCAAUUUGUGUUCGAGAAGCUGUACCAGAAUGCACCACUCGUUGUACUGAACAGUCUCAGUGGUGAAGGCCUGCACAUGAAGCUCAUGGCUUCCAUGUUUCAGAACAUGUUCCCGACCAUCAACAUUACCAAGGUGAAAUUAAGCAGCAUCCGGCGCUGUGUACUCCUGAACUAUAAUGCCAGUUCCAAGCUGAUUGAUUUCCGGCAUUAUGCCAUCAAAGCAGUACCUGUAGGUCUUUCCAAGGGUGUAAAGAAGCUGGUCCAGAGUAAAGUCCCAAAUUUGGGGCGCUUUGAAGACAUUUCUGACUUCAUCACAAAGUCUGGUCAGCUGUCAGAAAGUGAAGCAGAGGAUGACCCAGAAAGCCAUGUCACCCUGCCACAGAAACUGCCUUCUCGAGGUAACCUCGCAUCGACCCAGUCUGCCCUGCGACUUGUAGAACUUGGGCCCAGGUUGACAUUACAGCUCAUGAAGAUAGAAGAGGGGUUGCUUAAUGGUGAGGUCCUCUUUCAUGAAAUCAUGGAGAAAACUGAUGAAGAGAGACUGCUGAUACAGAAGAAGCGAGAAGAGAAGAGGAAACUGAAAGAAAAACGAAGGAAAAUUCAGGAAGAAAACACAAGAAAGAAAGCCCAAAAGAAGGAAGAGCUGAAGCAGAAAGCAAUGAAAGGGACACAGAAGAGAUCAGAGAAUGAAUUAGAAAUGCAAAAAGCACUGUCAGAAGUGCAGCAGGAAGCAAGGUCUGAUGAAGAUGAUGAUGCGGAAUGGUAUAGACAGGAGGUGGGGCAGAAUCCGGAGAAAGAUCUUUUUGACGAUGUGCCAGGAAGUCACAACAAGAGGAAGCUGUCUUCUGUAGGACUAGUGCAUAAAAGAAAGAAAGUGGAAGAUGGUUUAAAAUACAGAACCAAGACUAAAAGUAAUUCAAGGAUACAGAAUAAAUUUGGGAAAACAAAACUGAAAUUUCCAAGAGAGGGAGGUGUUCAGAAAAAUCAGUUUCACAAGAGAAAAGUGUUUGGUAGUAAAAUAUCAGUGAAAAAUAAGAAGCAUUGAGAAAAAUGUCACACCAUUACAUGUGUAAAUUGAGCUUGUAUAUGAUAAAAAUUGUCAAUACAUUCUAUGAGAUAUGCUU